AUGUACAGCUUCAUGGGAGGGGGGCUGUUUUGCGCCAUCGUGGGGAACAUCUUGCUGGUGGUCUCCACGGCCACUGACUACUGGAUGCAGUACCGCCUGUCAGGCAGCUUUGCCCACCAGGGCCUGUGGCGCUACUGCAUGUCAGGAAAGUGCCACAUGCAGACGGACAGCAUUGCUUACUGGAACGCCACACGUGCUUUCAUGAUCCUCUCAGCCAUGUCCUGCUUCGCCGGCAUCAUCGCAGGGAUCCUGUCCUUCGCCCACUUCUCAGCCUUGGAGAGGUUCAACCGCUCCUUUGCUGCAGGCAUCAUGUUCUUUGUGUCAACGCUGUUCGUGCUGCUGGCUAUGGCGAUCUACACGGGGGUGACAGUCAACUUCCUGGGCAAGCGUUUUGGCGACUGGCGCUUCUCGUGGUCUUACAUUCUGGGAUGGGUGGCGCUGCUCAUGACCUUCUUUGCAGGUAUAUUCUACAUGUGUGCAUACAGGAUGCACGAGUGCAGAAGAGUGGCUGGCCCACGUUGA